AUGCUACUUCACAAGAGAAAAAAAAUAACACAGCUCUUCCGCCGCCAUUUUAAAUCCAGCUCCAUACAACGCUCCGCCGCCGCUGCUGCCGCGACUCGGUCUGCGCUCCAGCACCUUCCGGCCGACCACUCCGCCGCUAUGGAAGACAUGAACGAGUACAGCAACAUAGAGGAAUUCGCAGAGGGAUCCAAGAUCAACGCGAGCAAGAACCAGCAGGAUGACGGUAAAAUGUUUAUUGGAGGCUUGAGCUGGGAUACAAGCAAGAAAGAUCUAACUGAAUAUUUGUCUCGAUUUGGGGAAGUUGUGGACUGCACGAUUAAAACAGAUCCUGUUACUGGAAGAUCACGAGGAUUUGGAUUUGUGCUUUUCAAGGAUGCUGCUAGUGUUGAAAAGGUUUUGGAACUGAAAGAACACAAACUGGAUGGCAAAUUGAUAGACCCUAAAAGGGCCAAAGCAUUAAAAGGGAAGGAACCCCCCAAAAAGGUUUUCGUGGGUGGAUUGAGCCCAGAUACUUCGGAGGAACAAAUUAAAGAAUAUUUUGGAGCCUUUGGAGAGAUUGAAAAUAUUGAACUUCCUAUGGAUACAAAAACAAAUGAAAGAAGAGGAUUUUGCUUUAUUACAUAUACAGACGAGGAGCCAGUAAAGAAAUUGUUAGAAAGCAGAUACCAUCAAAUUGGUUCUGGGAAGUGUGAAAUCAAAGUUGCACAACCUAAAGAGGUAUAUAGACAGCAACAGCAACAACAAAAGGGAGGAAGAGGUGCUGCAGCUGGUGGGCGAGGUGGUACCAGGGGUCGAGGCAGAGGUCAGGGCCAAAACUGGAACCAAGGAUUUAAUAACUAUUAUGAUCAAGGAUAUGGAAAUUACAAUAGUGCCUAUGGUGGUGAUCAAAACUAUAGUGGCUAUGGCGGCUAUGAUUAUACUGGGUAUAACUAUGGGAACUAUGGAUAUGGACAGGGAUAUGCAGACUACAGUGGCCAACAGAGCACUUAUGGCAAGGCAUCCCGAGGGGGUGGCAAUCACCAAAACAAUUACCAGCCGUAUUAAAGGGGACACUGCAGAAAACAGGAAGAGAUUGCUAAAGUAACCAUCUUGCAGGAGGACAUUGAAGAUUGGUCUUCUGUUGAUCUAAGAUGAUUAUUUUGUAAAAGACUUUCUAGUGUACAAGACACAAUAUGUGUCCAACUGUAUAUAGCCGCCAAUUAGUUUUCUUUGUUUUUACUUUGUCUUUUGCUAUCUGUGUUAUGACUGUGGAUUUGUGUUUAUACAGACUUUAUUUGUAUGAUUACAUGUUAAACCUCAAAUGCUUCCUUAUGUGA